AUGGUGGUUAACAAGCUCGACGGAGAUCGGCCGUUGAAGGUUCACUGCCAGUCCCAUGACUACGAUCUCGGCCUCCGAGUGGUGAUGCCACACCAACAGUUGAAGUUUGCUUUCCGAAACAGCGUCUUCGAGACCGAACUGUUCAAUUGCUCCAUGGAAUGGGGAGAAGGAGGAGGCGUUCACUGGUUCGACAUCUACGAUGCGCCCAGGGAUUUCUUGAGGUGCAGCUACUGCCGCUGGCUCGUGAAACAGAGCGGGCCGUGUCUGUCCUUGUACGAUGGCGAAUCUUGUUACCACUGGAAGACGUCGCAGGCAAAUGCAGGGGGAAAUAGGAAAGUGAGACUUGGGGUUUGA